AGAUAAAACCUCUGGGUUCAUCCUGACCUGCUCAGAGGAUCCACGAUGAAGUUGUGGAUCUGACCUGAGACCAGUCGGUCCAGCAUAGAGGUUUGACCUGUUUGUCUCGUCUGGUCCUCGGAGCAUCAUGGACGUCCCAUGUGUCCUCACACAGUCUUCCUCAGUGUCUCUCCACCGCUCAGUGGACAUAUCUGAUGAGGAAGAGGAGGUGGGAGGAAGUCAGAUGGAGGAGCUGAGGUUUGUGCCACUGGAGGAUGAUGGGGAGGCGGGGCCUAUGUGUGACAUCAGAGCGUUGGUGGGGCGGUAUCACCAUGGUUACAGAAGAGGCUGCAUGUUGUGUUUGUGUGGUGUUGCCAUGUUUGCUGCAGUGUGUUUGUCUCUUGCAGCUUUCCUAUUGGCCUUCAUUGUGUUCAGUGGGCGGUACCACUGCUCCCUUUUUGGGGGGGUGGGGGGUGAGGAUGAGCAGAUGGGGGGCGGAGCUAACACACCUGCAGAUACAGGGGCGGGGCUUUACCUGGGAGAGCUGAGGGAGAUGAUGAGGAAGCUGCUGCAGGAUGAAGAUAUCCACAACACGGUCAGUCGGGUCAGCAGAGCGGGUCAUCCUCCGGGUUCCUCAGAGGGAACAGCUGUUGCCUCGGAGAUCCUGCAACGCUUCAGGCAGCUGCAGAUGGACCACAGCUGGACCGAGUCUCUGUACGCCACACUGCAGUUCCCAGACAGGACUCAGACGAGCUCCCUGCAGCUGGUGGACUCUACAGGUCUGGUCUCAGAACAGAUCCAUCUCAACCCGUCCGACUUCUGUCCGUACAGCGCCACCGGGAACCACACAGGGGGCGUGGUCUAUGCCAACUAUGGCCGCCCAGAGGAUUUUAAUUGGUUGAGAAGUGAGGGCGUGUCUGUGGUUGGCCAUGUGGUGGUGAUGCGCGUUGGGGGCGGAGUCAGUUUUGCUGAGAAGGUUUGGUUGGCUGAGCGGAGCGGGGCGGGCGGAGCUUUGAUCUACCCCGACCCUGCAGACCUGCCUCAGGACCCCCGCCGCCUCGGACUGAACUCACACACCUCUGUGUCUGAACAUGUACACCUGGGCUCAGGUGACCCCUUCACCCCUGGCUUCCCCUCCUUCAAUCACACCAAGUUCCCGCCCAUCCAGUCGUCCGGCCUGCCACUGAUCCCAUCCCUGCCCAUCACCGCCACCGUGGCUGCCAAGCUGCUCAGCCAGCUGUCAGGUCCACUCUGUCCUCCAUCUUGGCGUGGCCGGCUGCCGUACGUCCGCUGUGUGCUGGGUCCAGACUUUGUCUCUGGACGCCGAGUCCAGAUGGCGGUCCACAACGUGAUGACGCCGGUCCUGCUCAACAACAUCUUUUCCUCGCUGGUGGGACGCGUGGAGCCAGACCAGUACAUCAUACUGGGAGCUCAGAGGGACUCGCUGGGUCCAGGAGCCGUGAAGUCUGGAGUUGGGACAGCGAUCCUGCUGGAGCUGGCCCGGACCUUCUCCGUCAUGGUGAAGAAUGGUUUUAGUCCCAGACGCAGUCUGCUGUUCGUCAGCUGGGAUGCUGGAGACUUCGGGAAUGUUGGAGCGACUGAAUGGCUCGAGGGUUACCUGUCCAUGCUGCACCUGAAGGCUGUGGCCUACUUCAGCCUGGACCAGGCCAUCAUGGGAGACGACCUCCUGUCGGCGUACACCAGUCCUCUGCUGGUCGACCUGCUGGAUGCGGCCAUCAAACAGGUGGAACAUCCUAAACAUGCAGGUCAGACCAUCUUCAGCCAGGCUGAGAGGGAAGGAGGCAGUUGGAGGAUCAUGAAGCCUCUGUAUCUGAACAGUGGAGCCUACAGUUUCACAGCGUUUGCAGGAGUUCCAGCCAUGGAGCUCAGAUUCACUGAGGAGCGAGCCUAUCCAUUUGUCAACACGCCUUUGGACAGCCUCUCCCGCCUCCAGGAAGUGCUCGGCGGUCGUUUGGGGGUCACUGGCCGGAGCCUGGGGGAGCUUGUGGGGGAGAUGGUGUUGCGAUUGGCCCAUGACCACAUCGUGCCUCUACGCAUCACUUCCUAUGCACAGACUGUGCUGCAGUUCAGCGCUAAGCUCAACAAGCACUCGGUGGAGCUGCAGUCCAGAGGUCUUUCUCCUCAGUGGCUCUUCAGCGCCCGCGGAGACUACAGUCGCGCCGCAGAGACGCUGCAGAGGGCCAUUGACUACAGCGACCUGCACGACCCAACCACCGCUCGCUUCUACAACACCCGCAUCAUGACGGUGGAGUACUACUUCCUGUCCCAGUAUGUGUCUGUAAUGGAGACGCCGUUCCGUCAUGUGAUCCAUGGACGUGGAAACCACACUCUGAGCGCGCUCACUGAGCACCUGGCCCUGCUGACCUCUGACCCCAGACGGUUCGAUGAGAGCGCUUUCAGACGGCAGCUGGCCCUGUUCACCUGGACGCUGCAGGGAGCGGCUAACGCUCUGAACGGAGACGUCUGGGCCAUACACAACACACACACCUAUACACAGUAAUACGCACGCCUAUACACUGAUACACACACCUUUACACACUGAUA